GAAAAAAAAGUUGACUAGUGAAGCAUCGACGCUGAAAAUUUCCCCAGCGAACGCAGCGUGAAAGACAGAGCCACCGCAACGGCUCAAUUCUUGUACGAUUUCUGGCAGAGUUGAAACAGUACUUUGCAAAGCCAUUCAUCAGUUGUUCGCGAGCUUUGCCUCACUUACAGCCUGCAAGCAGACUCUUUGACAAAGCACUGUUAGUGGCUCUUGUCUAAAAGCCAUAUAUCACGACUUGACCAAGCCAACGCCUCACCACAUCAUCCAAAUAGAAUGCCUACCGCUACCAAGCGCAAGGCGCCAGUAAAGCUGGCGACCCCCGCCGUGCGAUCGGGGGUCAAGGUGCAAAACAAGACCAAGAUUGACGAGUCCAACGCAACCAUUGUUGCUGCCGAAGCCGAGACCGCCCCCGCGAUCGAAACGAUAGAAAUCUCCUCGGGCGAGGAGUACGAGUCUAGCGACGACGAUAUCGACAUGGAGCAGGCCAACGGCGCUGCUGCUGCUGCUGCUGCUGGUCGUCGCAACAGCAAGGCCCUUGUCAACGGCAAGGCCGCCAAGGGCGACGACGAAGAUGGCUCUGACGGCGAGGCAACCUCUCCCUCCUUCGGCGAGCUGCUCCGCGGAAGCGACGCCGUAGAUGUCACCGCCCUGCUCGCACAGCCCAUCACAGCCGCCGGCGUUGUCGCCAGAACAUCCGACAAGGCCAUCAACCCAGUCUCCCACCGAUCUCUCACCGCAACCCUCACGCAGGCGCUCAAGUCCGACGACACCGACCUGCUUGAGUCCUGCCUGAGCACCGGCGACCUGCCCACCAUCCGCAACACAAUAGAGGAAAUCGACAGCACAUAUGCCGGCAUUCUUCUGACAAAGCUGGCCGCCCGCCUGUACCGCCGCCCCGGCCGCGCUGGCAACCUGAUGACCUGGGUCCAAUGGACCAUCAUUGCCCACGGCGGCGCAUUGGCCUCGCAACCAAAGGUCAUCCAGGGCCUCAAUGGCCUGCAAAAGGUGCUGGCCGAGCGAGCCAAGGGCCUGAACAGUCUGCUCGCGCUCAAGGGCAAGCUGGAUCUCCUGCAGGGCCAGAUGGACCUGCGCCGCAAGAUGCAGAGCGGCAAGGGCAUUGCCGACGAGGACGACCUUGACGAGGAUGUCGACGAGCACGUUAUCUGGGUCGAGGGCGACAACAAUGCCAGAGCUGGCGGCGACGAUGACGAUGGCGCUGCUCCCCUGGCAAAUGGCUACGACGCCAUGUCUGACGACGACGAGGACGACGAGUCUGUUGUCGAGGACGACCAGGAGAGCGUUGAGGGCGACGAGCUUGAUGAGCACGAGGUUGCGUACGAUGAGCCUGAGGAGUCCAACGGCGAGGAUGAGGAGAGCGAUGCCGAGCCCGCUCCCCCGAGCAAGCUGCAAAAAGUAGCCAACUACUUCAAGAGAAAGUAGGAACCUUCUGCUUGAUAGAGGCUUGAGCAGUGGGGCGCGAUGUGUGAAUGUACAAACAGGUGAUGGGUGAUGAAAGCGUCACCAGGAAUCGCAAAAGGAAGCUUAUUAGAAAAAGUUUGCAUAUGUCUGCAUGGCCGAUAUAAUCUAGGCGUUUGGGUACAUCUUUUUUUGUUAGUUAUGGACGCUGGUUUCAUUUACGAUGAAUAAAAAAACACAUUAAAAAUUCAAAAGCACAUUUAUCAGAUCACGGCGUGGAGGCAUGUCGUAGAAUAUAACGUUGGUUUGUAAGUAUAUAUACAUAUGCAGGCUUUGUAGCCUCAACUACCGUGUAAAAAAUAUAUUUGCAGUAGCAAAAAAUAGAUGCAAGGGGGCAACAGUUUCGUAAGAAACGGCCAUGGAAACGCUGAACUAAUUGAAAGACGCAAAAGAAAAAUCGCAACGCAAUGUAUAGCUUGCGCAAUGCAGGAUGUCAUGAGAUGCAUUCGCUCAUGCAAGGGGCAGCGAGAUGUAUAUGCAAGAGGCACGCGACACGCUUUCUGUAUAAGCGUCUAAAGCUGGAAUAAAAAACGACGGCUUCAACCAGUCGAGCGGCAACAAUAAAAGAAAAUGCGCCUGUAAAACGGGAUAAUGGAAGAUGCUCUAAAUGGCCCAGCUGCCGCGUCUCUCACGGACGCCCCAGGCCAGCGGAUCGAGAUUAUCGAGAUCAGGAUGCUGUCUCGCCCAUUCGUAGAUGUAGGUUCGUAGAGCACGCCAUCUGGGACAGCGGUCUUCAUCUGCCACAUUGUCGUCGAGCGUCAUCUCGAGCAUGUGGCCCUUGAUUCCCGCCGCCGCCUCAUCUUUACUGCGCAGCUCCUCGACGCUGACCCGUGUAAUCUUGGACAGCUCGUCAUCAAACGAGCGCGCCAUGGCCGGGUACCCCAGCGACAGGUAGUUGUAGACCUGUGUGACAAAGGCGUCGUCAAAGUCGGCAGCAAUCUUUUCGUCGAGGUCGGCGCGGGCCUUUUCCUGCUCGAGGCGCUUGUCGAGCCCGUGCAGCACGUGAAGCCGGUUACUGUUGUUGCCGCUGCGGUGGCUCCUUUUGGUGGUCGCAGCAGCAUUUGUCCCAUGUUCGGUUACAGUGAUUGUGGCGCCGGGCCGACGUGGGACGAUCCCGCCGUCAUCUUCAUCGUCGUCGCUGCCAUGGUGGUAGUAGACAUCGAGGCUGCCGACCGAGUCGGACGACGCAGACGUCGAGAGAAUGGACGGCGGCUCUUCGCUGCUGGCAACGGGCGAGUCGACUUCGUAGGCUAGCGGCGUGGCAGGGGGAAACGGCGUCGCGAGCAUUUUGGUCGGCUGCAAGUCGGCGGGCACGAGGUAUCCGCCGGUCGAUUCCGACCUGCAGCAGUAACCCCUCCACAGGCCGCCUUUGCCCGACAUGUCCCGGUCACGCUCCUCGUGCGCGCAGCCCUCAUCAUGCCGCCUCUUGUUGAAGGGAUGGUCGGUUUCCAGCUUGGUCUGCUUGGGCGACGGGCAUUUUCGAAACUUGAGCUCUGAGCCGAGCAUCGGAGGCGACACAAACUGGCGGAGGCGCCGCAGCUGCGCUUCAUCGGGCUUGAGUCCGAGUGCUGCAAACGGGCGUCCAAAGGGUCCUUGGUUGUUUUGUCGCUGUGCUUGUUGGUCGUGUGGCUGUUGUUGUGUGGUGGUUGUUUGUGGUGGUUGUGAUUGCUGUUGCUGCUGCUGCUGUUGUUGGGUGGCAGCAGAAGAAAGAAGUUGGGCUGCAUCCCGGCCCUGUGGUGGGGGCCCUGCUCCAGGAAAUACAUUUUGCACACUAGCUCGUGCCAGACGAGCUGCCAACGCCAACGCUUCAGCCUCCUCGGCGUCAGUGUCUCGUCGGUAGACGUCAGGUGGUAUCCGUGUGUCCGUGGUCCACAUGGGAUCGGGCGGUCCCGGCAGCUCCAUCCUGUCAAGAUCUGAAUCCGAUCGUAUAAGAUCUCGGUCCAUAUCUCGCUGCUUGUUCCGGUCGUCUUCUUCAUCGUCCACCACGGCCUCUUCGUUGUCCUCGUCCCCUCGUCGUAGAUGGGCCAGCUUCUCAGCAUGGUCUUGCAUGUGCUUGUGCCACCAGUUCAGCCCCAGAAAUGUGCCACUCCACCUUCUCGAGCUCGACUGUUGGGGAACGCCGCCAGCGCAUCCUCCUGCAUCUGCCGGUCAGCCUCCUUGGCCGCCAGCUCAAGCAGAUAUUCCUUGACUCCAUCUUCCUCCGUCUCACGCCUCGUAGGCGGUAUACGCUGCUCCAACUCUUCCUCGGUGACCUCUUCGUCUCGCCGCCGCCGCGACUUGGUUCUGCUGAGAUAUAUGUGGUUGGUGUAUGGGGUAAUGUCGGUCUUAUCGGUGGGUUUUGUGGCGGGGCCCGAAUCUCCUAGUCUGAAGGUUCGCCGCGAAGAUUCAAUUAAUUGUGGUGCAAAGCGUCGUCGUGGCAGAGCAUCCUUGACUGUUUCCACAGGAGAGAGCUGCCGAGGGGAUGGCUCGGGGGUGAGCUCUGGGCUGGGGCCUCCAUACGGUUCAAUUGCGCGGGGACCCUUUCUCACUGAUUGGAAAGUAGUCUCUAUUGGUAUCGGGGCGAAACGACGCCGCGUUUCGCUCGGAUUCGACAUAUCGAAGGGGGGGAAUCUCACUACGGCGGCUCCCAGCGGCCGACCAGCAGCGGUAGUAGCGGAAGUAUGAUGGUAGCUAUUGAGCAAUGGUAGAUUACCAAAGCCAAAGUAAAUCGUUGCAACGAGCUGCAGGGCGGGCUAACGUAUGUUGCGGCCGGUCGUCUGAAUAUCUGUUCCGAUUAUCGCACCACUCGGGUCGCGCGCGUGAGAAGAGUCAACAAGGCUCGUGCCAGUGUCUCUACGCAAGGCUGGUCGUAUAAAGGAGCCAAAUAAUAGGAUAUCGUCGUAUACGUGUUUUUUUA